AUGCCGCCGGCACUUAGGAGGAGAACACCGCAACAACACUUGCCCCCGCCAGAGGACCUAGACGAUACGGACAGUGAGAUCGAUAUCGAGCUCAUCACUGGGCGGAGUAUGAGACGUGGAGAAGAAGAGGAAGAGGAGGAAGAGGAGGAGGAUGAGGCUAUGGGCGACGAGUUGGAGGUGCUCGAGGGCGAGGAAGAAUUGGAGGACGAGGAUGCACUAGCGUCCCCACACCAAGCCAAUACUCCUCUACCAAACUUGGAUCCACCCCCGUCCUACCUUCGCGAGAUUAGCACGCUCGCCAGUUGGACAGUCUCUAGUUCUAAACCCGGCUGCUCCAUUCCUCAACUCCGCCACCCUUCUACUUCUCUGUUCUGGCAAUCCGAUGGCCCCCAGCCGCACUACCUUAACAUUCACUUCUUCAAGCUUGUCCGCAUCGUCGGUCUACGCCUGUAUCUCGACUUUGAGCAAGAUGAGAGCUACACGCCCACCCGCAUCAUCUUCCUCGCCGGCAGCGGGAUGAAUGAUCUGCAGGAAUGGGGCGAGAUGAAACUAGAGAGUCCCCGUGGGUGGGUAUGGGCCGACUUUUCCGGGGUAGGAGAUCCAGACAGCGACUCUGAAGGAGACGACGACGAAGAAGAGCAAGAACAAGAGCAGCCACAGAGGACGCUAGACGCCCCUCGACUGUCCAUCGGCGGCCUCCCAGGAGACGACGCAUCUUCCGACUCGGAGAACAACGCGCCUCGCCCGCCGCCGCCGCGCCUCACCCAAGCCCCCUCAGACGAAACAAUGCACAUGGAUCCGCACACCACACACACGCCAACUACAACGACAACGACAACACCACUCCCCCACCUCGUCGCACACACGCCCCACGACCUACGUCACGGCCUAACACCCACCCUUGCCCGCCCAACGCCCCGCCUCCCCUUCGCCGCCCUCUCACCCAACACCGCGCCCCACCCGCCACGCACAACCUCUUCCCCGCGCCGCCCCAAAAUGCCCGUCCUACGCGCCCACCUAGUCCAAGUCAAGAUCCUGGAAAACCACCAGAACGGCAAGGACACGCAUCUGCGCGGGCUGCAGAUUUUCGCCCGCAACGAUGACGACGCGGGGAGUGCGAGGGCGCCGGUUAAGACGGUCAUGAGUGGACGGAGUGGUGCUGGUGCUGGAGGAGGAGGAGUGAGGACGCUAAUGGGUGAGGAUGUGGGGUUGCAGAGGAGUCUUGUUACUGCUUCUGGGCGGAAUAGGGGGGUGAGGGGCGUGGAGAGGUUGGAGUUGGGGGGCAGUAGGAGUGCGUGGGAUGUGGAGCCGAGUAUUCGGUGA